GAGGAAAAUGGCCCAACCUAGCGCACCAGCAAGGUCCAUCCAUGAUGAGGACUCCCGUGACAGCGGAGUGGUGGUUACGUUCCUCAUGUCAGCACUUGAGUCAAUGUGUAAACAACUUGCCAAGUCCAAGGCAGAAGUUGCCUGUAUUGCUGUAUAUGAAACAGAUGUGUUUGUAGUUGGAACUGAGAGAGGAAGAGCCUUUGUCAAUUCUAGGAAAGAUUUCCAGAAGGAUUUUGUUAAAUACUGUGUUACAGAAGAGGAGAGGGCUGCGGAACUGCAGAAAACAAAGACUGUACCACCUGUAAGCAGGCUGAAAGUGGAUGUUGUGGAACUAGAAGCUCUCAGAAAGUCUGUGGAGGACUUUUUCUGCUUUUGCUAUGGUAAAGCUUUAGGAAAGUCAACAGUGAUACCUGUGCCAUAUGAGAAGAUUCAGAGGGACCAGUCUGCGAUGGUAGUGCAGGGCCUGCCUGAAGGACUUGCAUUUAAACAUCCAGCAAAUUAUGAUGUUUCAACCCUGAAAUGGAUUUUGGAAAACAAGUCAGGGAUCUCAUUUAUCAUCAAAAGGCCUUUCCUAGAGCCAAAGAAACACCUAGGAGCUCAUAUGACAGAUCCUUCACAUUCAGUUAUGCCACCAGGUGGAAGUUGUCCUCCCGUUCAAGUGAAAAUGGAACCAAAUGAGGAUUCUGGAAUGUCUUUGGAAAUGACAACAGUAAUAGUGAAGGAGGAAUCAGAUGACCCCGACUACUAUCAAUAUAGUAUUCCAGGCCCUUCCGAAACAUCAGAGAUGGAUGAAAAAAUUGCUCUUGCAAAAAGUUACACAGGAAGCCUCCAGGGUUCCGAUUGCAGUGGAGGAAGAGAUGUGGAAAUACCGGUAGAAGAUUCCUCCCAGCCUGCCCCUUCAGAAACAAGUGAGGAUCCUGAGGUCGAGGUCACCAUCGAAGAGGAUGACGACUACUUGCCCCCUAACAAGAGACCGAAGAACACAGAGUCAACUAAUGAAGUUGCCAGUACUGGGAGAAGAAAAGUGAGAGAGUUCAAUUUUGAGAAAUGGAAUGCGCGAAUUACAGACCUGAGAAAGCAGGUUGAAGAGCUGUUUGAAAAAAAAUACGCUCAAGCUAUAAAAGCAAAAGGUCCAGUGUCUAUCCCAUACCCACUCUUCCAGUCACAUGUGGAAGACUUAUAUGUGGAAGGGCUGCCAGAAGGAAUUCCCUUCAGGAGGCCAUCCACGUAUGGGAUUCCCCGUCUUGAGAGGAUACUUCUAGCAAAAGAGCGGAUCCGGUUUGUGAUUAAAAAGCAUGAGCUUUUGAAUUUGACACAAGAAGAUGUACCAUUGGACAAACCAGUUGGAGGAGUGAAGGAGGAAUGGUAUGCCAGAAUCACCAAACUGAGAAAGAUGGUCGAUCAACUCUUCUGUAAAAAGUUUGCUGAGGCCUUGGGGAGCACUGAGCCAAAAGCUGUUCCAUACCAGAAAUUUGAGGCCCAUCCCGCUGACCUCUAUGUUGAAGGGCUGCCAGAGAACAUCCCUUUUAGGAGUCCUUCCUGGUAUGGGAUCCCUCGCCUUGAAAAAAUAAUUCAAGUGAGCAACAGAAUAAAAUUUGUCAUCAAAAAGCCAGAGCUGCUAACUGUCACUUCAACCGAAGUUACUCAGCCCAAGUCAAACACCCCAGUGAAAGAAGAUUGGAACGUCAGGAUCACAAAGCUAAGAAAGCAAGUAGAAGAGAUAUUCAAUACAAAGUUUGCCCAAGCUCUGGGGCUUUCGGAGGCAGUGAAAGUUCCCUAUCCUGUAUUUGAAUCCAACCCUGAGUACCUGUACGUUGAAGGCUUGCCAGAAGGAAUCCCCUUCCGGAGUCCCACAUGGUUUGGAAUUCCACGCCUUGAAAGAAUUGUCCGUGGGAGUGGCAAAAUCAAAUUCGUUGUUAAAAAGCCUGAGCUUGUCACUUCCUAUUUGCCUCCAGGACUGGCUAGUAAAAUAAACACUAAAGCAACGAAUCCAAAGAGUUCAAAAGUGUCACGAAGUCCUGCAGGCAAAUCCGAGGUCCCAGAGAUUGAAGUUACUCUUGAAGAAGGUCCUAAUAAACCACAAAAAACAGAUGUUCGAACUAAUUCUCAAACCAACGGAUCCAAUAUGAAUUUCAAGCCACGAGGAAGAGAGUUUUCUUUUGAGGCGUGGAAUGCCAAAAUUACUGACUUAAAGCAGAAAGUUGAAAAUCUUUUUAAUGAAAAGUGUGGGGAGGCGCUGGGGCUGACUGAACCAGUAAAGGUGCCGUUCGCACUGUUUGAAUCCUUCCCGGAGGUUUUCUACGUGGAAGGACUACCCGAGGGUGUGCCAUUCCGCCGGCCUUCUACUUUUGGAAUUCCAAGACUAGAGAAGAUCCUGAGAAACAAAUCAAAGAUAAAAUUCAUUAUUAAAAAGCCUGAGAUGUUUGAAGCGGCUGUGAAGGAAAGUUCUGCUAGAAGCCCCCAAAGAAAAUACAAUUCAGCUAAUACAGCAAGCACCACAACAAACACAGUGGUGAACACGGCUGCAGGAGUUGAAGAUCUUAACAUCAUUCAAGUAACUAUACCAGAUGAAGAAAGUGAGCGACUGUCAAAAGUAGAAAAGGCCAGACAAUUGAGAGAGCAAGUAAAUGAUCUUUUUAGCCGGAAAUUUGGUGAAGCCAUUGGUAUGAAUUUUCCUGUGAAAGUCCCGUACAGAAAAAUCACUAUCAACCCUGGCUGUGUGGUGGUGGAUGGGAUGCCUCCCGGCGUGGUGUUUAAAGCUCCCAGCUAUCUGGAAAUCAGCUCGAUGAGGAAGAUUUUGGAAUCAGCAGAGUUUAUCAAAUUUACUGUCAUUCGACCAUUUCCAGGACUUGUGAUAAACAAUCAGCUGAUAGAAAAAGCUGAAGCGGAAGCACCACCACCGGCACCGGCACCAGCACUACCAGGUGAUGCAGAGCGUGACGCGUGCCCUUGGGGAGGGGUAGGGUAUGGAGUUCCCGACCUUAUGGGCAGAGGAGAGUAG